CACCGACCACUCUGUGCACAAUGCAUAGGCUUUUUAAAGUGCGAAAAUAGUAAAUUGAACAUACAUAUUCACGUUGCCUUUCGAAAACCGGGUCAUUCGGUGUCCCGGGACAGUAUCGGGACAACACCCUAUUUUCUCCAUAGAACCUGCGUUCAUUUUUUAGUGGAAAAGUGGUGAAAAUGAAGGUCUCUGUAUUACUCGGAGUGUGUGCACUCUUCCUGUCUGGUGCGUCUGGUGCGGAUAGAGACGAGUGUGUGAUGGGGGGAGAUUCAGUUACUCUAAACACUGAUGUAAAAACAAACCAAAAUGACAGAAUUAAAUGGUUUUAUGGUGACACUCGCAUCGCUCAAAUCACUGGAGAUCUCAUCUGUACAGAUGUUGAGUGUAAUGAAGAUACUGAGAGAUUCAGAUACAGACUGAAGCUGGAUCAUCAGACUGGAUCUCUGACCAUCAGAAACUUCAGAAAAUCAGAUGCUGGAGAAUAUAAACUACAGAUCAGGAGCAGCAGUAGCAGCAGUGUAAAGAACUUCAGUGUUUCUGUCUGUGAUGUUCCUGCUGCUGAUCGAGAAGAAGUGACAAAGUCAGUGAAGGAGGGAGAAUCUGUCACUUUGGAUCCUGCCGUAGGAAGAAUAGCAUAUAAUGUGAUGACGUGGUAUUUUAAUGAGUUUCUCAUCGCUGAAAUCACUGGAGAUCAGAGUAAGAUCUGUACAGAUGUUGAGUGUAAAGAGAGAUUCAGAGACAGACUGAAGCUGGAUCAUCAGACUGGAUCUCUGACCAUCAUGAACACCAGAACCACAGACUCUGGAGAAUAUACACUACAGAUCAGGAGCAGCAGCUUCAGCAUUCACCGUCGUCGUCAUCGCAGCAUCACCAUCACCAGUGUGAAAAGUUUCAUUGUUUCAGUCGUUGAUUCAAGUUUGUUUUCAGGUGCUGUAGCAGGAAUAGUUCUUGCUGUUCUGUCUGUGGCUGCUGUUGCUGCUGCUGUUGGUGCUGUGAUAUACUGUUGCAAAAAAAAAAAGAAAAAAGUGAGGAAACCCUGUAGAGGAGCCCAAAUGAGACACACAAUCUAGGUCUAAUGGGGCGCCACCUAAUCCAUCCGAGACAGAAGCCUCAUUCAUGCCACCAACAACACACAGCCAAGUCACAUGAUCCUGUUCAGUUUAUUUUAGACUGCCAACUGCUGGUGCCAAGAGUAAGGAUGACAUUGAGCAAAUGAGCAGCAUUCAUUUCUGACUCCACAGUGUGUCAGCAAGAUGGAGUCAAUCAUCGAGUGUAUCUAUUCCAGAUGUUUGUUGGGGAAAUGUUUUCUCCUUUUAAAUCAAACUGAGUUCUCUCCAGCCAGAUGUACCUCUGGAAACUGACCUUAUACUACCACAGCUCCUGCUCAAACUGAUGGUUUUCAGAAUAAGAGCGGUGCGUCUGUGGCCUCUGGAUCCUUAUUGGGACUUGCUUUUUUGUUGGACUCCAUGGCAAAGGACAUGUGUUUUAUGCACUGAUUCCAUUGAAAUAUGAUCACCAAAGACUGUCAGCCAUAAAUCAACA